GAACAUCCUAAUACUGUCAAAAGUAGUCCAGAAGUACGUAGAAAAAUUAAAAUUAUGCAUUGGCCCGCAUUUUAGCCGGGAUCGACAAUUGUUAACAAGAAAACUGAACUCGUACAAACUCCUAAUCAUCAUGUAUUCCUAUUAACAAUUUCGUAAACUCACCGAUGACACCAGAGGAUCACUCUGGACUCUGGAUGAAACGUGCGAAGCGAUGAUGUUGCCAUCUAAUGUCGAGGAUAAGAAAGUAAAAGAAAAUGGGUUAUGAGUUGUGUUGCAUGUUAUGUGAUUGCAAAUAAAUUAAUAUUAUCGACAAAAAAUCUAUCACUGCAAUGUCGAUCAAUACUUUGUGUGCUGCAUUUCACAGAAUUACAGUUCGCAGAAUAAGUACUGCUGCAAGAAGGUAUUAUUCAACGCAGCAAUGUAAAAAUCAAACCUGUGAUUUGAACGUUGUUUCUCGUUUGACAUCCUGUAGUUAUGGUACGUCACAUGGUACAGAUUCAGGGUACAGCAUUAAGUUUGUACCGGGAACACUUAACAUAGACUUUGGGAUGCCUGCAAAUAGUGGUUUAAUAAGAAAUAUUAUUGAAAUGCCUGUUGCAAGGAUUCCUCCAUUGCAAGAUCCUACAAGCCGUUUACCCAUUCAGUAUGAUUCUCCUGUGCCAGAAAAGUCUAUGGAUUUACCUACAAGUGAAAAAAUCUUUGAGAAACAAGCAGUACGUUUAAUAAUAAUUCGGCGUAAGAAAAUAAAAAAACACAAACGGAAGAAGCUACGUAAGAGAAUGAAAUAUGUAUGGGCAAAGAUAAGACUAAGGCGAAAUCAGAAGAGAGAGAAAGAGUUUCAGGCUGGAUUAAUUGCUAAGGUGAAGGAGGCACAAGCGUUUGACGCUAAAGAGUAUGUUAAGGAAAAACUUCAUAUUAUAAACAAAGAAAAGAUACCAAGGACUUAUAGAGGCGAAAUUUUGCCUACUGAGAUGAUUAAAAAAUUUUUAGACGAGAAAAAAGCACGAAAAGUUGCUAAACGUAACAAACCUCGCUUAACUUUGUAAUGUAUGUAUAAAUCAUGGCAAUAAAAUUUUAUUGAAGUGGUAAUUUCAUAUCUUUUGUAAUUUAUAUUUAGAAAGUAAAGUAAUUCAAAUGCUUUUCUCUCUCUUUCUUGAGUAAGUUCCUUUACAUAGACGAACGUUAUAUAAAUUGCAUGAUUAAAAUGGUUUUUGCUUCUUUUUACAGUAAUAUCUGGUCUUCCUUAACGUCUAAAAUUUUGGCUUGUUGCUCAUAUUAGUUAAAUUGUUAGCUCUACCAGGGAAAAAAUGACAGAGAAGAACAGAAUUAAAUGAGCAAUGAAUAUAUUUCCUAUUUAUAAAAAAAUACAGUCAUUUAUUCUUAUACAUAACAAUCGCAUUAAGACAUUUCUAGAUAUACAAAUGAUGAGAACUUUUGUGCCUUCAUUCACUAUUCAAUAUUAUAAUCCUUAGAUCGUACAUGAUAAUGAUAGAUGAUAGAUAUUCGGUUUAUUUUUUCGUAAUAAAUAUAAACUUGAGAAUU